UAUAAGGCCUUAUUUGGUUGGGAAGAAUUGGAAGGAAAAGAAAAGAAAGGAAAGUUAAAAUAAGAUUUCCUGUAUUUGGUACAAAUAAUUAUAUGGGAAGUGAAAGGAAAGGAAGGGAAUUGGAAGGAAAGCUCUUUUACAAAAUUUUCACUUUCCUUUCCUCCCAAAAUUGGAGGAAUUCGGAAGGAAAGAGAAAAUUAAAAACUGUCAUUUAUAUUUCUUUUUCCUUCUCUUCCUUUCUUUCCUUUAAACCAAACACAGGGAAAUUAAAUCACUUUCCCUUCCCUUCCCUUCUUUUCCUUUCUUUUCCCUUCCUUUCUUUUCUCUUCCUUUCCUUUACUAAUAAUGAACCAAAUAGGGCCUAAGUUGAUUUGAUUUGGCACUCAUUAUGUCUCUUUUUCCUCCUUAGAUUGGCUUGCUUUCCUUCUUCGGCUUGUUUUAGCUUAUGAGUUACUGGGAACUUGCAUUAUUGUUGCAUCUCAAGGACAAACCAUGUGAGAUAUGUGGGCGUGUUGGCUGGGUAGAACCCCUCACUGUUUGCUCCAAGUGCAAAGUAACUCGUGAACAUCGCUAUUGCAUGAGAGUAGCAUAUAAUGGUGACCAAGAAAAAUGGGUUUGUGAAGAAUGUGACUCCUCCAAUCAGAUACCUUCAGCAAAACCGGCUUCAAGCAAACAGCCUAGUGGCUCAGGGAUCAAACUUAUGAUGAAGAAGCCCCCUCCAAAGGUGCAGUAUAUAACACCUGAGGAAGCAAUUGGCCUAGAAUCCGGAGCAAUGAGAAGCAACUUAUCUCCACCAAAUAUAUCCCAGUUUAGGCAUAGGCCCUCAGCGAACAAGCGAUCAUCCACCCCACCUGCAAAAUUCACAAUAAAACCAAAUCCUCCAGUUGGGCCUUCAGGACGCAGAGAUCCCCUGAAUGACCGGAGUAUGCCCAAUGGUUCAAAAGAUAAAAAUGUUUCAGCUUCUACUGAUGGAUCUGCACGGAAACAUUAUGGGGAAAGUCCAACUGCUAAGCGCGUGACUUUUGAGAAACAUCCCAAGAUUGGCGUGGAGAGAGAUAAUAUCAAUCCGGGCCAUACUUCUGUACAGUUAAGCCAGUGUUUGCCUGCUAUAAGUUCAGAUGGACAUGCACAGCAGCCUUGUAUAAAAACUCCAACCAGUAAGCGUUUGCCUGAUGGAAAACUUUCUAAAUAUGAUAUAAGUUCAGGGCAUACUUCUCAGUUAGUCCAGCCUUUUCCUACGGCAACUUCAGAUGGAUGUGCACAACAACCCUGUAUAAAGACUCCAACUGAUAAGCAUUUUCCUGAUGGAAAACUUCCUAAAGAUGAUAUAAAUUCAGGGCAUACUUCUCCGUUACUCCAGCCUUUUCCUACUGUAACUUCAGUAAUUGAUGAUGUUUGUACUGGGGUUCAGCAAAAGAAAAUUGAUUCUAAGGAGUGUGAGUCUCUGAGGGAUACCGGGGUGCUUGCAGCGUCUCCGACAUGGAAGGGAAUUUUUAAGAUCAUAAAUGAUGUGAAGCAGCGUCUGAUAUUUGAGGAUAUUCAGGCACGUCUUCCUUGUAAGGUUCACAGGAAAGUGUACGACUUGUUAAGAAAAUUUCCCGAGAUACUUUCAUUUGAAAUGCUGCCUCGUAAGGACUUCUGGGAAGAUAUUUUUCAGGAAGUUGGCCCUAGUGAGCUUGACAUUGGCCUAUACUUUCUCUCAUCUAGGAUGUCCAAUUUAGGAGAACAAAGUUACUGUUCCCUUUUGGAGUACCUUGAUAAGCAUGAUUUUCUCUUGAAAUCGACGUACUUUGAUGAAGUGGAGCUGCUUGUGUUUUCUUCUAUACAUUUGCCAGUGGAUUCCUGUAAAAUAAAUCAAAAGCAUUUCUUGUGGGGACUAUUCCGCCCGUCUAAGGAUAACAUUGUCGUUUCUGAACCAUCAGAGUCUGGUGUAAUGGUUGAUACUCUCCAUUCUCAAGAGCAUGAAGCGAAAUACAUGGAUAUAGACAUGCCAGGGCCCAGCAACGAGGUCAAACCAUUGCCAAAAAGCGCAGGGUCUCCUAUCAUUUUCACCUCUGAUACAUCAAGGGUACAACAGUCAUUGUCAGAAGAGCAUGAAGCCGAAGACAUGGAGAUAGACAUGUUAGGGGGAGAGGAAUUUGGUAUUGACAGGGUUGUUCCAAAAUCCACUGAGAAUUCUUCUGGGAAUCACACAGAAAGUGAAAAUAGAAGUUCUGAACCAUCAAGGGCAGAGUCUGGUAUUACAGUUGAUGCUCCCCGUUCUUCUGACAUUAAGCAGGUACAACAGCCAAUCUCAGAAGUGAAACCAUCGGCAAAGAGUGUAGUAUCUCCUGUCAAGAUUGUUAAAAGAGACUGUACUGGUGUGGCCAUGGAAGCAUCUCCUUCUUCCUCACAUGUAGAGAAUGAGGGAUUGGAAUUUGAGAAAGAACUGCAAAGGAAUUUUGAUUGGUUUGCAUCACUGGUACAGGUAAAUGAAGCAGGCCUUUUGAAAAGGGAUGUCAAGGUAGAGGCUGAUGCCUCGUAGUUGUCGCAGAUCAUCUGAUGAACAUUAACAUCUUGAAGUAGGUCAGGUCAAUACCAGAAAUGUACAUUAUACAAGAAACUUGUGAGCUAAUUGUAGCAAUUAUUGUGGAUAUAGGACAGAAACAGCUUGAUUUCAGUAAAAAAAAAAAAAAAGGAAUGACAGAUGGCUACCAGAAAUUUAAUUUCCAGUGAAGGUCCAAUGUAUCUGUUUCUUAUUUUUCUUGGUCAAUACUAGCAAUUUUGCUGGAUAUGUAUUCCUGUACUCAAUGCAAUGAAUUUGGUUUCAUUUAUCCUCCUUUGGGUAGAAGAUGAAAUUCAUUUUUAAGUUUGGAUUACAAA